AUGGCCAACUGCGUGGAGGUCCUGUCUGAUGAUGAUGCGCCGUCAACGAGCGGGGGCUUUAAGUCGGCUGAUGGGGAGGACUGCCCGAUCUGUGCAGAGUGUUACACCAGUGAAGGGGACCACGUACCACAUUCAACUCGCUGCGGUCAUGUCUUCUGUGCAGCAUGCAUCAAGAAAUGGCUUCGGCAGAGCAAGACAUGUCCCAUCUGCAAGAAGAGGUGUACCAAAAAGGACCUCCGAAGGAUGUAUGUUCAGAACCUCCAUUGUGUGGACACUUCUCUUGUUGCCACACUGCGGCAAGAGGUCGAAAGGCACAAGCGAAUUGCUGCUGAGAGGAAGGAGCAGCACUUGAAAGCAGCUGCAGAGAGGGACGAGUGCAUUCGAGAGAAUAAGAGGCUGAAGCUUGAGCUGGCAAGCCUCACCAACUCAGUGGCACGGGGCACAAUUUUGUGCGCACCCCAGCAGGCUGCUGCAUCCAAUGCCAUUUGUGCAAUGCCACCCCCGCCGGGCAGCAGGAUGCCAAGCUGUAGCCGUCCACUCUUGUCAGAAGGCCAACAGCGAGUCAAUGGAGGCAGUCCUUAUCUGAGGGAGUACUGCACCGAGUCUAGAGGUGCACUUUGCUUUGACAUGAGUGGGGAGCAGGCAACGUUGUUGCUGCCAUCACAGCCAGGCCCUUGGCUAGCGGAUGCAUGGAUGAUCCGGCAGAUAAGCAUGAUCGCUCCACAAUCGGAGGGCCAGAUCCACUUGCCAGGCAGAGGCCCAGUGAGGGAUGUGCGGCUGUCGCCAUCUGCGCAGCGCCUGUGUGUGGCCAUCGACAAACGCAUCAGGGUUGUAUCCAUGACCAGUGGCCACGAGAUCGUGCAAAAGGAGCUGGCGUUCCCAGUUUUGAGCUGUGCUUGGGAGGCAGAGAAUAUGGUGUAUGCCGGAUUGGCUGUUGGCCGUGUCUCUGCCUUCGACCUAAGGAUGCCCUCCGGUCCCUUGCAAGAACUGAGCUCCCCACGGCGGCAGGGCCUGACGUCCCUGGCCUGCAUGCAUACUGGCGAAGUGAGGGCGCUGGUGGCGGCCAACAGCCAGAGCACCUACCUGUGGGACCUGCCCCUGCAGGAUGCUGCCGCUGCCUCUGAACCGCACGUGGUGUGCACCGUGGCGGGGACCAUCGAAUCCGUGGCUGUUGACCAGGGGACAGCGACACUGGCAGUCUCUGUGCGGCCCUGCGGGCCCCAAGGCACUGCCAUCCACAAGCUCUACAACUAUCAUGCCAGGGCACAGUGGACGGUGGGUCAGCUGCUGCCAUGGCACAGCCCAUCGAUUCUGGCUCCAGUUUCUGCAAGUUAG